AUGAGAACUUUAUUUUGGCUAGAGGGACAACACCAUGGAGAAGAGCCGACGUCGCUUAACAGCGGGAAUAGGAAGCGUAAAGAUGCUCCUAAUUCCUCUUCCAGCAGCCAAAACAAGCCAAGCAAAGGGCGCAACUUUAAACGCGUCAAGUAUGACGCGCGAUCAAUUUUGACAAGCUCUCCAGAUGGAGCUUUAAACAACGGGGAGCUAGACUUACAGUCUUUUCUCAAGUCACGCGACUUCGAGAUCAAAGCAUUACAAGAUGGCAUGCAAAAGUCGAAGAAUAGCGGGACAACGAGGGCAUUUCAGCAGGUUCCACGCGAUCUCCGCAGACGAACAGCUAGCCACAAUGUUAAGAGAGUGCCGAAGAGACUGCAGAAGAGGGCGGCCAAAGAGAUGAGAGACGAUAAUACACCAACUGUCAACUCAAGGACUAGAAAGCCAGGAAACCCACGGGCCAGACUGCGGGCGGAGACUGCAAAGCGACUCGGCAUUUUGGCAGCAAAGAAGGGAGCUGUGAAAGAGAAGAAGAUCGGUGAUGUCAGAAUAGAGGCCCGAGAACCACGACCCAAGAUCCGAAAGAAUGCGUUGAACGACCCGCCGAAGCCCAGGUCAAAGUUUAGGAAGAGGCAGAUACACAAGACCUGGUUGCCUACUCACUUGUGGCAUGCGAAAAGGGCGACAAUGACCGAGCCCAAGGAUCCACUUUGGAGAUUUGCUAUUCCGCUUACUUCGACCCAGAAAUCAUAUAGACCUACUCAUCGAGCCAGUGGAGUAAGGGGAGCUGUAUGCUGGGAUAUGAGCUACAUGAGCACGAUUGGUUUAGAAGGGCCUGAAGCAAGUCUACAAAAGCUUCUCAAGGCUGUCGGUAUUAAAGAGGAGGCACUCUGGGAUGCAAGGGGCACAAAAUGGAGAGAAGGGAAGCGAAGCUGGACUGGGUGGUUGACUAGGGAAGUGAAGGAGAAAUCUAUUGUCGUCAGUCCCGCUACUGUCUUAUGGUCCCCCCCACCGUCUGGUACGGAAAGUGAUGAAACCUCGCAAAAGAAGGCGAAACAGUCUCGAAUAUUUGUCAGGAUACAUCCUGCUGCUUUUAUUGAAGUAUGGACAGAAGUUCUUCGUUUGUCGAAGCUCCAGCGCCCCAUAGUCCAUAUCGAAGAUCUCCGCUUCGAGAUUGGAAGCAUUGAGAUCGUUGGGCCGUCUUCAACUGAAGCUCUACUAAGUGUUCUGCAUCCAUACGAUGAGUCAGAAGAGCAUGCGAGAGCUUUUAAGGCCUUACUUGGAAUUACAAAUCCUGGAUCACUGCCAUCUAAUUCUGUAUUGAGUUUCCCCGUAAUGGACCCUCGGAUUCGAUAUCCACCCAGGCCAGUCAAGCUACCGAGCACCAGCGACGAAGAAGCCAAUUUCAAGCUCUUGGAAAUGGCCUCGUCUUGGCCCGUAGAUCGAUCAACAGGAUCAUCAGCAUUAUUUGACCGCGAAGCAAGAUUUAAGGCAACACGGCUUCCCUCUCAGAAAGCACUCAAUCGAAGGAAAGCUAUUGCGAAGCCGGGAGAUUACCCCUCUUGUCUAGAAAGCGACCCAAGAAUACCAAUCACACUGAUCGCUUCCAGAUCAGUCUCAUCAGGCUCCGCACAAGGCACUUGGAUACUUCUGGCACCUUGGAAAUGUAUCUUGCCGAUUUGGUAUGGGUUGAUGCACUGCCCUUUGUCCUCUGGCAACAAUCCCCGAUUUGGUGGCCUGCAAGAGCUUCGCCAGGUCCAUUUUGAACAAGGCGUUCCCUAUUUUCCUACAGAUUUCCCUGGCACUGCUUCCGGCUUCCAGUGGGAGCUGGAUGAAAGACUGAAGAGAAAAGCCAAUUGGGAUAAGCGGCCGAAGGGUAAGAGGGUGGAAUGGGAUUCUCUUGACCUUGGGGCCGGGAGAAAGGGAGAAAUUGGUCGAGGAUGGGCCUCUGACUUUGAAAGAGUCGUUGGCGUGCCACUGUUAACGGCUAGCAUUGAUCUGAUAGAUGCAGCUCAAGAAACUGAGAAAUCGAAGGCGACCACAUCAAAACGCGAGGUGCCACUGCACCAUAUUCCAAGCAAAACUUUCAAAAGUCUCCUUUCCUCAUAUGAGAGUCAGCUGCUACAGCAAAAUGCAGUUGCCACAUUUCGCAUCACUCUAGUCACCAAAGGAAUCGCAUUGCCGUCAGCUCGAAUAUACCGCCUGCCCAAAAUAGCGGAACAUCCCUCAUCGAUAGAGUCCGAACCAUCUUUAACCAGCGCUCCACCACCUAGUACCCGUGAGCAAUGGCUCGCCCUUCUCCCGCCACCCGCCCACUCUAAACUCCCACUCAACCCCAAAGCCAAAGCGGCAAAAUUCCCCACCCGGAUCCCACUGAACACGCCUCUCCCUCAGCGAAUCCAACUCCUCGCUCGAUCUCUGCUACAAGAACCACCUUGCCAAUACUCGCAAUUCCUAACUGGAAACCACGAAGAAGACUUCCCGCUUGUCCCAGAUGAGGAGGACCUCAUUGGGUUUGUAACAACGGGGGAGUUUAAUCUGGCAGAAGGGAAGGGAGUUGCGGUGGGAAGUGUGGUCGUGGAGAAGGUUUUAGAGGGGUUGAGGAGGGAUGGGAAAGGGAAGGACGGGCGGUUUUGCAUUGUUAGGAACGCGGGGGAGAAGAUGGGAAGGUUGGCGAGGUGGGAGGUCGUUUGA